UCCCUGCCCCCUUUACGUAAUACCUCUGCUCAGAGACCACGAUGACAUUCGAUGGACUCGCGCAGUUAUGAAGUCUGGAGAAGUUGACAACAUCGAAGAAUUAAACAAUUUGCCUGUUGAUUCUAUUCGGAUUGCACCGUAUUUGUCUGAACUGAAACAAAAAGCAGCAGCAGAAGUUAGCAUUCGACACUUGAAUUUGACGGAAACGUUUUUGAUACGGUUUCUGCAGGCGAGAGACUUUGAUGUGGCACUGGCGCUCAAGCUUUUGAUUAACUAUCAUAAAUGGAGACAAGAAUGUCCAGCAAUAACAGCCGACCUGAAGCCAUCAUCUGUCAUAGGACUUCUUCAAAACAAUUACCAUGGAGUUUUGAGAUCACGAGAUGAUGCUGGAAGUCGCAUUUUAAUCUAUCGGAUUGGUCAGUGGAACCCCAAAGAAUUUACAGCUUAUGAGGUUUUCCGUGUGAGCCUCAUUACAUCAGAGUUAAUUGUUCGAGAAUGGGAGACUCAAAGAAAUGGACUCAAAGCUAUUUUUGAUCUCCAAGACUGGUGCUUCGCACAUGCCCUGCAGAUAAAUCCUUCCUUGGCAAAAAAGAUAUCUUCUGUGCUUACAGACUCCUUUCCUUUGAAAGUUCGUGGCAUCCACUUGAUAAAUGAGCCUAUUUUUUUCCGUCCCGUCUUUGCCAUGAUCCGUCCAUUUCUUCCAGACAAAAUCAAACAACGGAUUCAUAUGCAUGGGAGUUCUUAUGCCAGAAGUCUCAGCGAUUUCAUUCCGAAGGCUGUCCUCCCUCCUGAGUAUGGAGGAACCGGACCCAGCAUAAAUGAGGUGUGCCAGGAUUGGACUGAGUACAUCAUGCAGUCUGAAGACUAUCUCCAUAGCCUCUCUAUAGAUUUAGGUGGAGGAGAUGCUUCUCAGUCAUCUGCCUAUGAGUGAUUAAAAUGAAGAUAUUUCUUACCAUGUGCACUUUGUGCUAGAUGAUGUAAUACAUUCUGCUGGGCUGGUUACAUACUUCUUUGAAAAUCAGGAUCAUUUUGCUGACUUAAAGUAAUAGUUCACCCCAAAACCCUCAGGCCAUUCAAGAUUCUCCACUGGAACAGAUUUGGAAAAAUUUAGCAUUACAUGUCAAUAGAGUCAUCAUAAUAGGUGCCAUCAGAAUGAGAGUUCAAAGAGAUGAAAAGGUUCUUCUAUGACAUCAUGAAGUACCUUUAUUUUUAAGAGUGCAUGUGACUCCAGUCCAUUAAGUAACGUCUUUGGAAGCAAAAAGCUGUAUGUUUGUAGUAAAUUAAUAAAUACUUAAAAAAAACAACAACAAAAAACAACAACUUCAAACGGUUGCUUUCAGCUAAAUUAAGAGUUCUCUAUCCAUAAUAUUGCUUCAUCUAAUCUGAAUAAGGAGAGAGAUAUGCACAAAAUUCCAAAACAGUGAAUGGCCUGAGAGUGAGUACAUUUUUGUUUUUGGGUGAAAUAUUCCUUUAAAUUGUAAAGCAUUUUAGUGUAAACAUGUAUGCUUUACUUAUAUACUUUUACUUUUUCUUUACUUUUUGUCAUAUUGCACAUGAACUAAUGGUGCAACUGUUUAAAUUGUCUGCCUAGCUCUCCUAAUACUCCAGACUGGAAAAAACUGAAAUUCAUAUUUCCGAAUAAUGUGAUUUUAUUGAAUUCUAUAUGUCACAGACAUUCAUUGCAAAUGUGAUAUACCUCUGAAGAUACAAUAUAGGAUCAAAGAUCUAUUCUGUUGCCUUAGAAGAAGGAUUCCACAGUCACUUUUAAAUAACACAAGUAGUGUACAAUGUUGUGCAUGAUCAAAAUAUCAAAGUGCCUUUCUUCUUUUCCUUGUGAAUUGUCAAUGCUUUUAUUGUUAUAUUUUCAUAACAAUGGACAUAAUUCAGGAUGUUAAGUAAGUCUUUGUUCUUCUGGAAGUUUGACAGCAAUCAUCAUGAACUGCUUCAUUAUAUUGAUGCUGUUAAGUCAAAUGAUCUGUAAUGUAACUGUAAACUGCAGCAUUUAUUAACCUUUGCUGCAUUUUAAAUAAAAAAACUGCUGAAGACAUUUA